AUGGUUGGGAAGGGACCGAGGGGUUUUGAUAUUACCCUAGAAUCUGCGGAGCCUUUUUUUGGUACCAUACAUCCUGUAAACAGAACCGGAUGCCGUAUUAAUGGAGUUGGUAAAAAUCGGACCAAUUACCUAAUACCAUUUUCGAGCGCAGAUUUUUGCAAUGUUCGCUACGACUCUGGUACGAAUAUUUAUACAGUUAAAAUUGAAGUAAACGAGCACCAAGUUCUGGUUUUACAAAGAGAUCGAACAUUUGAGUUCUCCUGCGAAGGCCCAAGCUCUUCCAAGGCUUCAACUCUACCUGAACAAAUGCUUUUACGAGUAUCAUUUCUGGAGCCUUCAGAGAACUUCAGCGCUGAGCCAGUCUUCAUAACAAACUGCUUUGCAUCAGAUGAUUUAAAUACCAGCGUUCAGAUAAUUGAUGAUGCUGGUUGCUCAACAAACUGUAAUCUCAUUGAGGAAUUCAAUUAUCAUCAAAAUAUGACCGCUGAAGCAGCAAUACCAAGCAUGUUUCGAUUUCCAAAGACAGUGAAGCUAGCAAUUACAUGCGAUGUGCAUAGCAGAUUACGAAUUCCCGAGUGUCAGUCACGAUGCGUUGAUCAGUUACGUACAUCGACUGUUCCUAACAUUUUCAACAACGACACAGAUCUAAUUGAAGAUAUCCUACAGAUACGGCCAAAUAAUAUGGCCUCAGAAACUCAGGGAAGACGAAUUAGUUGUGUUGUUGAUGUAAUUACUCCAGAUCGGGUCUUAAAAUCAGCUGCUAAUGACGGCAAGUAA